UUGACCGCUCUGACUUGUUCUCAGCUCCAAUACAAUUACAAACGGGUUGAAAAUAAACGAAAGAGAAAGAAAGAGGGAGCCCUGGAAGAAAGCAGCGUGGAAAGCUUUUGGAAAGUGACAAAGGGAUAGCAGCACUAGAGAAGAGCAGCAGGAGUAUCAGUGAGGUUGUUGUGAGGUGAGGUGAUGCACUGACAGACAGACAGAUGCAUAUACCUAUUCCCCUUCCUCUCCUCUUCCCCCUUGCCUUGCGUUUCCUCUCUUGUCUUCCAAUUUAAAUCCCACGAGAAGCAAGGAGAAAGAAAGAAAGAAAGAAAGAAAGAAAGAAAGAAGAGGAGGUGACUGAGUGUGUUUCUUUCUCCAUUGCGCUUCCCUUCUCCUUCCCUUGGCUUGGCCUCCAAUGUUUUCUUACAUCCCCCUCCACUCCAUCUCUUGCUUCCCAAACCUGGCUUAACCUCUCCUCCUUCACUUGCCUUGGCCAUUAACCACGCCCCAAAUCCAACCUUCAAAGCUUUCCUCCUCCCCCUGCUGCCGUCUUGGUGAUAACUAACCUCCGCAAGUCAGACCACUGAAACCUCGAAGCCAUCUUCAUUCAGUUGAUCUCUUCUUGAUUUCUCCCUGCUCUGCUCUUCUCUUCUCUUCUCUAGGGCCCAUGGGUGAACACCUCGCGCUGCUGGUGGACCGGCUGCUCACGGAGUCCACGCUGGAGGCGGCCAUCGUGAGCAGGAAGCAGCCGGCCGCGGACGACACGCCGGCGGCGAUCGUCUACUGCUGUGACAUCGCCGCCGCUGGCGGCGACCCGAGCAAGAUGGUGGAGUGCAGGAUCUGCCAGGAGGAGGACUGGGACACCGGCAUGGAGGCCCCCUGCGCCUGCCGCGGCAGCCUCAAGUAUGCCCAUCGAAAAUGCAUCCAGCGUUGGUGCAAUGAGAAGGGCGACACCAUCUGCGAAAUAUGCUUGCAGCAAUUCAGGCCAGGCUACACUGCCCCACAGCAGCUGUUCCACUAUGGAAGCAUACCAAUGAACUUCAGGGGGAACUGGGAGGUCGCGCGGCACGAUCUCCACGACUCUCAGGUCAUAACAAUGGUGCCCUCGGAGCGCGACGAGUACGACGACUACUUUCCGGUCAGGACAAGGAGCAGCGCCCUGUGUUGCCGGACAGUCGCUAUCAUUUUCCUGGCCCUCCUGGUUCUCCGGCACACUCUGCCUCUCAUGGUCGGCGGCGACGGGGAGUACUCGUUUGCUCUGUUUUUGCUUCUUGUGCUGAGGACAGCUGGGAUUCUGUUCCCAAUCUUGGUGAUGGUGAGAGCAAUGGCAACCUUCCAUCGUCGUCGUCGCCAACAGAGUUCUAUACUCUUUUCUGAUGCGUAACUCUGGGGUCUAGAUCACUUGAUACUGCAGGGAAACCAGGGAACUUACAUGUUCUUCUCGGACACCGAGGACAAGGACGAUGACGACGAGGUGGAAGAAGAGGAUGCCGACGCCGAUCCUGCGCCGCCUCACUACCAACCACGCCUUAUCCCCGUCUACUGACACCAUACAAAUCGGUGCGGCGUCGGUGUGGUUAACAGAAGCAAAAAUCCCAAGAAACAGGGAAAAAGAUACUGAUGUAGUAGGAUAGUCUGAAGCCACUCGCUUCUGUGUGCACAAGAAAUAGGAGAUUGUAGUGGCUCUGUACAUACCACAAGACUGACCCAGACGAUGUAACUUGUGAGCUUCUCUAACUCUCCCAUGUACUCGAGAGAUUGCCUAAAAUUACUUGCAAAAUGCAUGGAAUUACAGGCCUGUA